AUGGGCUCACGAAAUGCUCUCCCUGAAAGAGAUGGGUCAAGAUGGACAUUGAGCAUGGCCCUUUUAGUUAAAAAAGUGCCCAUCACAUCAUUUUUUAUAAAUAUUGAUAGGAAAACUUCUGCUUGUAAUUUUAGAUGUAUAGACGCCACAGAGUUGCCACACUCACGCAAAUACGCAAGGGAUCCCAGCAUCAAACGCAAGACCAGUCAUCUCAACAUCUACAUCAUAAGGAAAAAUUUUGAAUCAACAUUUGAGCCACGCAGUUUAUUGGUUUCAAAUGAAAAUCAUGUUGAAGAACAAACUAGAGGAAACAAUAUUCUAGACUUAGUCAUCUCAUCCUAUGAUAACCAUGCCCAGGAUGUAAAAUUUGGAGAGCACAUUUUAUCCAGUGACCAUCAGAUUAUGAGAUUCAAGUUAAAAUGGGAAGAACCAGAUCAAACAGUAGGAGUGCAGCGAGGCUGGAAUUUAUUCCUGAAAAUGAUGUACAAGUUGGUUUUGGAAUAUGUUUCGCCGUAUAAGGAAUACAUCAAGAAGAAGAAGUACAGAAGAGAAGACAAGCUAAAUACAAGGCAUGGAGAAAGCAGUGGAUACUGUGCACUUAAUUUUGCUAAAGCUUUCGAUAAAGUACGGCAUAAAGGUUUGGCUUUAAAAUUAGAGGCAACACAGGAGACACACUCAAGUGCAUUUCUAAUUGGUUACAAGAUAGACGGCAAAAAGUUGGUAGUGGUGAAAGUUUCUCAAACUGGAGCAAUGUUUCAAGCAAUAAACUGUCAGUUAGCCUGUUUGGUGCGGAACACUCAAAAUUUAAAAGUAGAAUGUGUUUACAUUAACAAUUAA